CUGUGCCGAAUAUGGACUCUUAUCUCAUCACUUCUAGCAAGUCCUCGGUUGUUCCUCUGAAGCUUUAGAGUGUUCACUCCAUUCGUACAGCGUAAUCUACUCUCUAUUAAACACGCUAUGACUUCUUACGAGGGGGACUCUGACACCGAAAUCUCAAGUGCUGAAACCCAGUUCGUUCCACGCUCCGAUGACGAACUUUGGGACGCUAUCGAAAUCCUAGGAGAGAACAAGUCCAAAUACAGGAUACGGUGGGCUGGUACAGAUCCCAAAACUCGAAAGUCAUACAAACCCACAUGGGAAUUCAAACAUGAUUGUACGCCCGACCUCGUGAAGGCUUGGAAGCAGAAGCAGGCCUUGAAAAAGGCCCAACCUAAACGAAAGCGUGCCGGGGUAGCCCCGAAAACACUUACUUCAAGGAAGAACCAGGCUCGAAAGUUGACUAGGGUUAGUACGACGCGUCAACCAGAGGAGGACGAAGAGGAGAAGGGAGAAGGAGCGGCACUGCCCAAGGGACGAAAGGCGCGGGUUACAUUCCAGAGCAAAGGGAAACAGAAGGCGGGAGCCGCAGAUAUAGAGGAAACUGAAGCGGAAGGGGAGGAGGAGCCAGAGGAGAAAUCAAGUCCAGAGGAGAAAUCAAGUCCAGAGGCGAAACCAGGAAGACAAAGACGCGAAGUAGAUUCCGAAGAAGAUUCUCCCGAGCCUCUCGUCAAGAUCGGGCCUCCUAGACCUCAGAAGCGGAGGAGGACCAGCGAGGUGAAACCCAACACUCCCCCGCGCAAGAGGAGACGGCUGCCGAGCCUUGCCCAGGAAGAGGAGGAAAGCAGUCCUGACAUUGUCCGUGAGCGGACUGUGGCGGAACCUUCGAGUCCAUCAUUGUCGGAUGAGGAGGAGGUUCCCGUUAAGCCUGCUUGGACGCGUCGACCUAAGGUGCGUUCAUCCUCUCCACCGGAGGAUCUGUCUACGGCUGCUCCUUCACAAGAUGAGGAGCAAGGACUUGAUCAGAUAUCUCGAGAAGAGAUGUUGAUCGAGCAAAUGGAGGAGUCUCUCUUUGAUCUUGAACCGCGCUUCUCUCCCCAUCCACUGCGUGUCAGUCAGCAGGAAGUUAUAGAGGAAACGAUUUAUCCUCAAGAGAAUUCAAUACCCACCAUGCCUUCGACUGCUUCUACACAACGAGCCAUGGUCGAUAGCCAGUCACAGCCACACACACUCACAAAAACUCAGGCCUCGCAAAAGGCCGCCGAAACCAGCAAGUCUUCCAGUAUUGUCCACCAUGUCACCUUUAGCCGCAGUAUCCAGACGUCCCCGGUGUUUGUACCACCAGACUUCACUAAACUCCAGGUUGAGCAUACAACGCUGACGGAUAAAUACGAGGAUCUCGCUGAAAGCUUGGGCGCAUCAGAAGAUCGGGUUGCUCAGCUGGAAGAAAUGCUCGGGCGCAUUCGCAGUGAAGGCCUUGCAACAAUCCAACAACUUCAUGAGUCUAGGGAACAAGUACUGCAGGGCGAACUCGCCAAGGCCAAGGACUUGAACCACGUCCUAACUCUUAAAGACCAACGUACAAACGACGAUGUUCGCAGGCGCGCCGCCUGUGAACCGGAGCUGCGGGCUCGUAACGUGGAACUGGAGAAGAUGGUAACGCAUUCGGAAGAGGAACUCACAUGGCUCCAUGAUGAAGUCCGGAAUUUGGAGGACGAGAAUGCAAAGUUGCAAGCGCAGGUUCUCGGUUCUCAGAUCGAGAUGGAAAACGUUCGGGAAGAACGCGACGUUGCAACACACUCAUUGGAGACCGUUCGCAUUGAGCUAUCGAAACUACAGUCGGACGCAGCAGAACUUCAGGAAGGAAAGGAAGACGCCGAACGAAUGCUCAAAACUUUACGCGAGGAGAAUGAACGCCUGGAAUCCGAGAUUCAGCGGAGCCAAUCCCAGGUCUCCGACCUUCAAGAACAACUUCAAACCUCACAACGUCGAUUAUCAUCUCCUGUCUCCACCAAAGGUGUACUAGCUUGGCAUGUCAACAGACACCCUAUCUUGAGUCUAGAACCGGUCAGCGAUAACGAGGUUAUCCCUGAACACCCCUACACCCCGUGUCAAGUAAUUGUAAAUGGCCAACGGUGUGCGAAACGGUUCAUGAGUAGCGAUGUGAGUGGCAAGUCUUCGUAUACUCGUGAUAUUUUAAGUAACUUUGUCACUCAUAGGCUGUAGUGCGACAUGCGUUCGCUGAACACUACAAGAUGACGAUCGACGGCAUUCUCUCAUGAUCUGUACGACAUGUCACUCCAUCCCGUCAUUGUCAGAUAUAUACCCUGUAUUGUAAGUUCGUAACGUGGAGUCCCGAGUGGUUGCUGCUUUUGCUGUUCUACCUCAACUUUGCCAUAGUAACUGCUGACGUUGAGAUAAAAGACAGGCAUGUACGUUCUUUUGUUCUCGUAUCUGCUGUCCAUUUCUAGGAUGCUACCGUGAACCAUAUCGUUGUCCGGCGUCAUCCUCUUGAAGCGGCUUUUGUUCUAAGAGUUGACUUGCAUGCAACACAUGCUCCGGGUACGUUAUCUGUGUCCUCUAUUUAACUGACGGAAGAAGCUUGCCUCGUGUUAGAUUUAAAUGCAUGUGACGACGAAGAUGGGCAGCUGAACCCUUGCUAACAGCGCCGAAAUAGUGGCCAGCCACCCCACAAAGGCUUCCUUAGCAUCUCUCAGCACCGUUUCGCGACUAUGGUUGGCCGAUAUCCCGGUUACCUGUUUGCUGUGCCGAAGUGAGGUUGUUCGUCUACGUGCUAUGACUCGAUAUGUCUGGUGAGUGUUAUUUGUGUCAUGUUGAAGCACCUUUCGAAAAUGGUUGCCUAGCAACCACUGGAAGUGCGACGGAUUCGACUUCCACAUACAGCUGGCUGCUGUGGCGUAGUUGAAUCGACAUGCACUGCAUUUCUUGCAGGUGCAGACGUAUAAAGAGGCAGUAUUGUUGAACCGUCGUCAACAAAUCGUCAACGAACCCAUAUUUCACUGCGGCAUGCGAAGAAUAGCGCAAUGGGUGACUCGAGGUCAUUCUCCUCCUUAUACUCGACUUCAAGACGAAGAUCCCGAGGGUGCCCCACCAGCCCCUCAACUCUUUGGAUGUCAUGAGGCAAGAACCGAUACCUGAGGCACCAGCUCCGCAUGCCCAGUCUCAUCCCUAUCCCUUUCGCCUUGCUCACGAGGAGCAGGAUUGGAAAGUGCAACUAGUGUUCAUGGUUACGGACUGUAGUGAGGGUGGUCUCUGGUUCAUCGACAUCUUUGAAGGGUCGUCUCCGCCCACACGAUUUGUGCGACUUGCACCCUCCAAGCUCCAGAAUGGCAAUUUCUAUUAUCAUGGCCC